AAAACAUACGCACACUUGUGAUCUACACAUCGAAGAUUAGAUCCCAUAAUCUCCCAUAUAUCUCUCUCCUUAAUCUCCCCCUCCCUCGCCCUCCUCUCUCCCAAAACACAAACAAGAGCUCUUCCCUUCCCAGAAGGGAUAUUUUUUUCAGUCACUUCAAAAAUAAAACAGUCGGUUACUUUUUUGCGUCUUCUCUGAUAACUUACCAUCUUGUUUCCUCCCACAUUUCAUAGAAAAAGAAGAAGAUUCAUGAAUCCUCACACUCUAAACUUCCACUUCUAUUUCUUGUCUCAAGAUGAGACCUUUAUUACUUGCUGUUUUUCUAAGUGUAGAAUCAGAUCAAGGAUUAUGCAAAGAGAUUGAGAAAAAUAAAGGGUCUUGUUGAUUCUGAGUUCUUGAAUAUAAGAUUGGAACUUUACAUCUAAAAAUGAUAGCUUCAGGGAUAAAUUUGGUGAUGACAGUAAUAGGAUUUGGUGUAAGCACUAUGUUUAUAGUUUUUGUUUGUACUCGCCUUCUCUGUGCUCGGAUUCAGUUGAAUGCUUCAAGACGAGCUUUUCCUAUUGCUUCCAGAUCUAAUCUUAGCUUAUUGGAACGAGGUGGUCUUGAGCAUGUAUUUUUAGCAAACUUUCCAACCAAGAAAUACAAUGAUAAGAUUUUCUCAGCUUCAGAAGAUGCUCAAUGCACAAUUUGUCUUGCAGAAUAUCAUGGCGAUGAUAUAUUGCGGAUUCUCCCCUACUGUGGGCACUCCUUCCAUGUGACCUGCAUAGACAUAUGGUUGCAACAGCAUUCAACUUGUCCUGUUUGUCGAAUAUCAUUGCGUGAAUUUCCUGAGAAAAAGCGUGUGAUGCAACCCUUGUUCAGUUCAGCUAUCCGUUCUCGAAAUGGCACAGAGACAUUUGAUUCCCAUUCUUAUAACUACAUGUUGACUGAGCAUGGGAUUUCACCAAGAUCAUACAACAACCAUGGGACGGACCCCAUUCAAGAUAAUCAUUGUGCAUCUGAUGUUGAUGAAGAAGAAGGCGGGGAGAAUUCACCCCCCUUGACCGAGAGUAAUCAGAUUGCAAAAGACAUAGCUGACAAGCAUGUAGAAAGCCCGUCAAAUCCCUAGAUCCUUCAGAAGAGUCAAAAUUUAAGCUGCAUUCAUUAGGUUUUCCAAUUUUACAGGGUCCAAAUAUGGGUAUGUAGAGUGAAAAACGUUGGAAUGCCAUUGGAACAACUCCCAGAAAGUUCAUUGCUCUUCACUCGUGGCUUACUGUAAAUAUUGCAAAAGUCAUUUGUUUUUCAAUUUCCCCCUUCAAAAUGGUUGAUUUCUGGGCAGUUUUGUUAGUUUCGGUUGUGAAAUAGAAUCUGAUGAAGAAUGGUUGAAUGGGAUAGCAGUUCUUACAUGCCUCUCCCCUUCUCAUACAAGUGUAACUGCAGCGAUCUGUGUACACAGAAACACAUCAGAUGUAGAUAAUCCUACCUUUCUGCCCAAUGUUUCUUUCAUUGGACUUUUCACAAGACGCCCUUGUGGGGUUUGCAACUCUGAUAUGUUCUACAUGUCUCCUGCUUUAGAAUAUGUCUGGAUUGUUUAUAAAGCUACUACUAAGCAGCUCAUUUGUCGUCAAGAUUGUAGAUUUGACUGGAGCACCUGAUCUUGCUUUUGGUACCUUUCUAUUCAGGUCUGUCUUUUCAAUAUCACGUUCUGUGUUCUUUA